AUGGCAAAUUAUCUCGCCUCCAUCUUUGGUACAGAAGCCGAUAAAGUCAACUGCUCCUUCUACUACAAAAUUGGAGCCUGUCGGCACGGUGACAGAUGUUCGCGGAAACACGUUAAACCAUCAUAUUCACAAACCAUUCUUCUUCCGAAUCUGUAUCAGAAUCCUGCCUACGAUCCCAAGGUCAAGAUGAAUCCCUCUCAACUGCAAAACCAUUUUGACGCUUUCUAUGAGGAUUUUUGGUGUGAAAUGUGUAAAUUUGGAGAGAUCGAGGAGGUGGUUGUAUGUGAUAACAAUAACGAUCACUUGAUUGGAAAUGUCUAUGCACGCUUCAAGUAUGAAGAUUCAGCUCAGAAGGCCUGCGAUGCGCUCAAUUCCCGAUGGUAUUCGGCAAGACCCAUCUACUGCGAGCUCUCACCUGUCACUGAUUUCCGGGAAGCAUGCUGUCGCCUGAACAGUGGUGAAGGCUGCGUGCGUGGCGGUUUCUGCAACUUUAUCCAUCGCAAAAAUCCAAGUGCUGAACUCGAUCGAGAGUUAGAGUUGAGCACCAAGAAAUGGCUUCGACUCCGUGGAAGAGAUGAGCGCAGUGCUAGCAGGAGCCCCAGCCCGGAACCAACUCGGAAGCGAUACGCAUGA